UGACAGUUGACAGAAAAUAGAUGAUUUCGUUUUUCUCCUCGAAAUUUACUUUGUGUACUUUAGUGUGAUAGGUGUGAUUUGGAGUUACUAUUGUGAAUAAAGUAAUGAAAUAUUCGCAACUAUGAAUGAAUAUGCGGGUAGUUUGAAAACUCAAUGUAGGGCUUGUCUAGAAAUAGCACCCCGAUUGUAUCCUCUGGUAGGAAACAUUGCUAAUUGUGAUGUUACCAUUGCAAAAAUGAUUUCCUACUGCACCUUGACCGAGAUGGAUUUAAGUGAGGAUCUGCCAUCAGGAUUUUGUAUGCAAUGUUUUCGAACAACUCGGAUUGCUUACAAUUUCAUUCGUCAAUACAGGGAGUCGCAAAAAAAGCUGUUUCAAGAAAAAAAUGAAGUAGAAAAGGCAAACGAAACUGAAAUAAAGAAUGAAGUGGAAAAUGAGGCAAGUGAGGAGGAGAGAAGCAAUGUUUACAGUGAAUCACAAACAUUUCAGAGUGAGAAGUUAUACCCUGUUGAUGAAGAACAACAAACAGGGGAUGAAAACGAGGAAGAUAUUUCAGAAAAUAUAAAAUAUAUCGAACAAGAAGCAGAUGACGAAGUUGUAAAUGAAGAUAAUGUAGAGGAAGUUGUAAACGAAGAUAAUGUAAACGAAAUUGAAUUUUAUCCAAAUAAUGAUGAUGUACUGGUGGAAAGGCUGGAAUCUGGAUUAUAUGAAGUGGAGGAUUCUGCUUCAGACAAUAACUACAAGGUUAGGAUUAUAAGAAAUGAAAAAUCUCCAAAAUCUCAUGAGAAUACCAUAUUUAGAAUGAAAGUAAAUACCCGGUAUACAUGUCCUGUGUGUCCAAAUGAAUUCUAUAGGGAAUUCAAAAGGGGACUGAUGGAACACAUGGAGUUGCAUGAAGGCGAAACAUUCACCUGCAACACAUGUACCAAUUCACCAACCAUCUACGACAAGGACUCAUUUUUGAAACAUUACGUUGAUGUCCAUCUGAACCAGUGCCAUUUUUGCGAAAAAAGCUUUGCCAAGAGAACUUCUAUGUUGUACCACGUCAAGACUCACACGAGCAUUCUCUAUUCGUGUAAACACGAGGGUUGCACAAAGGUGUAUCCUUCACGAACGGCUUUGAACAAGCACGAAACCACACAUGCUAAUACAGUGAGACACAUUUGUAGUGAAUGCGGGGAGAAAUUCAAGACGUAUGAUACUUUUAAAUACCAUAUGAACCGGCACGAUGGCAAAAAGUUUCUGUGCAGUAUUUGUGGUCGAACGUUCAUUUUGUCUGUGAAUCUAAAGAAUCACAUGCUCACUCAUAAGGGGGGCAGGCCCUUCAAUUGUAGUUUUUGUGAUAAGACCUAUACUUCUUAUACUCCCUUGAAUAAACAUAUGCGUAAAUAUCAUGCCGACAGAAAGAGGGGAAACAGUAGAUAUUAUAAGUAUGAUGAGGUUUCAUAGUUUGUAUCUUUUUUCUUUUGGUUGAUUCGGUUGUUAUAUUCUCAGUGGUUUGAAUAUAAUAUUGAUUUUUUUUUCUAAUACUGCAACACAUGUGGAUUUGGUAACUGUGUGAAAUUAUUGUGAUACUAUAAUAGCUUCAUUGAACAUUUGAAUUUAACAUCAAUUUAUGCUUCAAUCCAGAUGCAAAAUUACCCAAAAUACGUCAUGUGAUUCACAUUAUCUGUCAAAUUUAAAUUUGCCAAUUUUGGGGUCAUUUUUCAAAAUUAUUAUUAGGAAAAGACUUCCCAAUACAAGUUUUAGUCAAUAUACAAACUUUCAUAUGCACAAA